AUGUUGAAGAUUCACAUGGAUGUGAUUAAGAAUCCGGGAGUGAACCCAUACCAAGGAAAAGACCAGCCAAAUAUAGGUAAAGGUAAAGGUAAAGGUAAAGGUAAACCAAAGGACAAUAAGAAAAAGGCAGCAUGUUAUGUAUGUGGCAGCAAGGACCAUAUGUCUCCAAAAUGCCCAGACAGACUGCUACCAGAGAUUCAAUGGAAGCAUCCGAAACACUAUGUUGAUUAUGGAAAGAAGCUUAAUCUGAACCAGAUUGGAGCAACAGUCCCAGCUACAGUUCCAGCUACAGUUCCUGGAGCUUCUCCAGUGACAAGUAUUAUCACAAGUGGAGCAUCGAGUGGUGCGGGAAGCGUUAACACCCCUUUGCGACUUACUGGUACUACAGGUAAUCAGAUGAUGCAAGUUCCUGCGGGAAUGCAGCUCAUGCAGAUACCAACUCAAGGUGGCGGCACUGUGACUUUCCCUUACUCAAUGAAUGCUAAUGGUGAGAUUGCGUUCAGUGGAAUGCAACUCAGCCAACAAGGCUUCAAUGGUGCUCAAGUGCGCCAAGGAUUCGAUGCAACUCAAGCUCAAAGUCCGCAGGUCAUGAAGACUGGCUAUUAUGAUACGUCAAAUGUCUUUCACAAUGCUAUCAAGGGAAAGGAUGAGAAUGCCAAUGAUGUCUAUCUUAUUCCCUGUCCUACUGGUACGCCUAAUGUCAAACUUCAAUCCGACUGGCACUAUGCUAGUGAAAAUGAUAAUAAUAAUAACUGA